CCAGUAAAGAACAUUAUAAUGCGAGGUGCCGCCUUUUUAAACACAAGUUGAAUUUUCUCUCAUUUAAGCUAUAUAUGCUUUUAACUAGUUUUAGGCUGUAGUGUUGUUUUGGGGGGAUUUCACCCUGGACCGGUUCGGGAUGCUAUCUCAUGCCGACCUCCUGGAUGCACGUCUCGGGAUGAAGGAUGCAUCAGAGCUUCUUGGACACAGAGAAGCCUUGAAGUGUCGACUUGGAGGAUCAGACACGGGACAUCCAGGAGACAUGGCACCGGGUGGGGAUGGUGUUGAGGGCGCAACACUUCUCCCAGGAGAUGAUAUUAAUAGUACUGGAUCCAAUCCUUCCGGUAUGCAGGUCAACUCAAAAGAUCAAGAGAAACACCAUCAGCAGAUCUCCAACCAGUCGAACGCGCAACAGACUCAGCAACAGAAACAGAAACGUCACCGGACCCGUUUUACCCCGGCUCAGCUCAACGAGCUCGAGAGGAGCUUCGCUAAGACCCAUUACCCUGAUAUCUUCAUGAGAGAGGAGCUCGCACUUAGAAUCGCUUUAACGGAAUCCCGAGUGCAGGUCUGGUUCCAGAACCGACGUGCCAAGUGGAAGAAACGCAAGAAGACCACCAACGUUUUCCGUUCUCCCGGUACCUUGCUGCCCACGCACGGCCUGUCUCAGUUCCCAUCAGCGGCAGCGGCUGCAGCGGCAAUGGGGGAUAGCCUGUGUUCUUUUCAUGCCAAUGACAACCGUUGGGCUGCAGCUGGUAUGCCCGGGGUUUCACAGCUCCAACUCCCGCCAACCCUGGGUAGGCAGCAGGCCAUGGCCCAGUCCCUGUCCCAGUGCAGUCUGGCGGGACAGGGACAUCCAAAUUCGAUGAGCCUCGCCAACGGGUUGUCAUCUAACGGGGGUGGCCUUCAAUCCCACCUGUACCAACCCACAUUCCCCGGGAUGGCGUCCCUCUCUGGCAACCCUAAUGUCUCCGGCUCUCCCCAGCUCUGCGGUUCCCCGGAUAGCGAUGUGUGGAGAGGGAGCAGCAUCGCUUCUCUGCGCCGCAAAGCACUGGAGCACACGGUUUCUAUGAGUUUCACCUAAUGAUGAUGAACGCUCUAUGUGUGUUUUUUAUUCUUUCAACCCCGCCAUUUUAAACAGAGGAAACGAUUACUCAGGUUCUGAAAUUCGUCACGAGAAAUAGUCAAUGAGAACUGACGACGUGCCAAUAGCAUUUCAUACAUUUUUUUUUAUUCGCAACUCUUAAUUGUAUUUUGCACAUUAUCAGUAAAAUUAUACUCAUCAAUUGGAUCCUAAAAAACCCUCUGUACCUAAACUUUCGUCUAUUUGGGCUAUUUAUUUGAUGUAUUUAACUUAUUUUUGUACAGUAUUUAUAGACAGGCAGUCGUCAUAUGUAGGGGUCGCGUUAUUUGUGGUUGUAGGUUUUUAAGAGUCUUUUAAGAAGUAUCAUAUCGGUUUGGUUCUGUUUCGUUUGGUUUGACUAAACUUAAAUUAUUUUCAAAUUAUUUAACAAAACUGGGACAACGUUUCCAGUUCCACAUGCACAGCAUGCGAGACUUGGUUAAAGGUUAGACAGUGUAGGCCGAAAAAGGACUUUGCGAACUUCAUUUUUGUAGGCUGAAAGAAACACGGCUCACCGCAAAAAAGGGAACGAAUAAAAAAUGACCAUUUUAAAACUUCGGCUGCAUGUGUUGGCCGAAUAAAAAAACAAGGCGAAAUGACAAGACAAAAGUUAUGUUAAAGAUGAGAUGUUUGUAUAAGCAUUCUUGUUAAUUGAUCUAUUCAUUUAUUUGUGGUAUGUUUAUUGUCUGUGCUU